UUUUUCUCUAAUUAGUGAUGAAGUCUAUACUGCGCAUGCUUAAAACUAACCUUAUAAUAUAGACGCGCACGCAGGGUUGGAACAGUUACACCAGAACCUUUAUUCAUCAACGAGCAUAAAGAUUUACCACAAUCUCCAUUUUAUGUUCAUAGUCUUGGCAACAAUUGGUGCAUCUGUACGAGGUCUGAAGUAUUGGCUGCUAUCAUUUUCACAAAACUGAGCGACGUUUUGGUGACGAUUUUUUACGACAUAGCAGUAGAAAAGAAACUUGUUCGACACAAAUAAUUCCAACUGCAUGUUUCACUGACUUCUCUCGGUAAUUAUUUAAGAACAGACGCGCAAUCCAAAUCGAACAACCGAAACACCUCAAAAUGUCUGGAAAUGGCACUUCUUUGGACGCUUUCCGUUUUACAACCUGCACCGACAUCAUCUGCGGGCUUAAAGUUGCUACCAUCUUUUUUAUUUCUACCUUGACCACAGCAGGCAACCUGGUAGCUCUGAUCACGAUAGGAUCCACACCCUCGCUCCGUAACUGCCAUGGACUGCUACUCAUGUCCCUAUCCCUGGCUGACUUGGCUACUGGUCUGGUAGCUAGUACGUCUAUGUACCCUUCGGUGUACAACCUGUGGCCCUUUGGUGAUACCAUGUGUCUGGUCGUGGCAUGCAUUGAGGCAGUCGCCAAGAAGGCUUCUCUACUGACACUGACAUUACUGAGCAUUGAGCGCUACAUUGCCGUGACACGUCCUCUUAGAUACAGCCGAAUCGUCACCAAGCAGAAAAUACUGGCUGGGCUGACUUUCUGCUGGGUCACUCCAGUCCCCUUUUUCGCCACUCUGUUCCUGACCCGCCAGAUAUUCAAUAAGUACGUCUUUCUACUCCAUGCCUGUACCAUCACCUACCAAAGCCAGCUCUUGUCACUCACCCUAAACGUUGGCUUGUUCGUCCUGCCGAGUUUGGCCACCGUUUGCAUCACCUCAGUGCUGGCCUGGGUGGGAAUGAAGAAACACGCCCGUGCCAGAGCCCACAUGAUGUCCAGGCUUACCGAGCAAGGCGGACAAACGCGCAAAGCCAUCAAGUUUUUUCGCAUGUGCAGCAUCAUGGCGUUCACGUUCUACGCAUGUUGGGCUCCUAUUACCAUCGUGGGCGUUGCCUGCGUCCUGGCUGAUGUUCGCCAACCCUGGGGUGUGUUCUUCGCUCUGUACUGGCUCCAAUUCUCCAACAGUCUUUGGAACGUCGUCAUCUACUUCGCCAUGAAUGAUGCAUUCAGACAUCGCGCCAGAGAGCUGUUCCUAUCGCCGUUCGUUGCUCUGCGCAGACUGUGUUGAUUAGUAUAGGUAAAGACGAGCCAAAUCAAGCACCGUACGUCCGGAAACUCAAAAGUUACCUCAGUUUAUUGCAAGUCAAGUGCAGUUCCAAAGAAAAAAAACCCAAAAGUGCAGGUUUCAGUUUGAACAGUGAAACUCAGCACUUGGUACGUCAGACUUUUUCCUCAUAGUACCCGAAACGGGUUCUGCACGAUGUUCCCCAAUACCUAUAUGUUACAGUCCUUAGGGUUAUGGGUUAGAUGGUUAUAGGGUUAGGGUUAGAGUUGGGGAACAUAGGUUUUGGGGAACGUAUGCACCCCGACAAGCAUUGACAGGAACCAUUAGAAAAGUAGAGCGUAACGGGGACGUAAUCAGAUCGGGAAAAAGCGCAACCAAGUUGUGAGAUGCAGAUUAAUGUGGCUUGACAUGUAGGCAAAAAUAUAAUAUUAUCGGUACCCUUUUUCUGAAGCUGCAUCAACUAAUAAUUGGUCCUAUUAAACAUGAUCUCAACUCCAAACCUUUUUUAACCAUCCUUACUCUUAUUCUUUGUUGUAUGUUCAAUUAUUGAUGAAUUUAUGAUCAUGAAAGCUGUGUUUUAUGUAUCAUUUUACGGAGCAUGUACCAUGUCUAAAAUUGAAAGAUUGUUUAUUAAUGCACGACCCGACAAUGGGUCUGGAUAGGAUUUGAUGGAUGUGGUAACAACUUCAAACUUUGUUUAAGAAACAUGUACAUGUAAACAACAGUCGAAGUGAACCAACUACGUCCGAGGAAUCUGCGGGAGUUUCCAGUCACAAUUUGGAUUUAGCACGGCGGAAUGAAAUUUCCCGAGACUGUAAAUCGUUCAUGUGACAGCACACCAUUAUAUUAUAAUAAAACGGCACGAUAAUUUGAAUGUUUAAUUGUCAUAUCAUAUUUAAUUAUUGUAUUGUACAGGUUUUGUGUUUUUAAAACCUUGGGUUGUAAUCACUGUACACUAUCAGUAAUUUCCAGUUGUUUAAUCGGAGUCUGGCUAAAAUUUACGAAAUAUAACGUUAAGAUGUAUUUGAAGUGUUUGUUCGAUACACAAUUUUCUAUUUUGUUAUGGCCAAAAUUGCAAAGGUCUGUUAUGUUAAUGCCGUCUUUAUAACCUCAUAAGGCCAAAAAAAAAGUC